UAUUCUAUCAAAAUAAUACUGUGAAUAUUCCUUUAAGAUUGAAAAAGAACAGUUUAAAAUGAGAACUAUUUUUCUUCGUAUAGUGAUAUUUGACCUAUAUGUUGUUCGUUUGCCGGUGCUUGAAGAGAUUGCAGUGGGAGUUUCGGCAUUGUUUUUCAACCAUGGCUUUGACAGAAGUAUCAAACAACAAAAUGUUUGGAGGUCAGCAGAAGGUUUUCAGUCAUGAGAGCACUGAGGUAAAGUGUGCCAUGAAGUUUGGCAUUUUUCUACCUCCCCAGGCAGAGAGUGGAAAAUGUCCUGUCCUCUAUUGGUUGUCAGGACUGACGUGUACUGAACAGAAUUUUGUCACAAAGGCUGGAGCUCAGAGGGUGGCAGCAGAGCUUGGAUUUAUUGUUGUAGCACCAGACACUAGUCCAAGAGGUUGUGACAUUGAAGGAGAGGAGGAUGGUUGGGACUUUGGAACGGGGGCGGGGUUUUAUGUAAAUGCAACCCAGGACAAAUGGAAAAACAACUACAGGAUGUAUGCUUAUGUCACAGAGGAGCUCCCAGCAUUGGUGAACGCCAACUUCCCCACCCUUCCUGAUAAGCAGGGUAUAUUUGGUCACAGUAUGGGUGGACAUGGAGCACUGAUCUGUGCACUGAGGAACCCUGGGAAAUAUCUGAGUGUCAGUGCCUUCGCACCCAUCUGUAAUCCCGUCAACUGUCCCUGGGGAAAGAAGGCUUUCUCUGGUUACCUAGGAGACGACCAGGAGAGCUGGAAGGAGUAUGAUGCCUGUUGUCUUGUCAAGAAGUACAAUGGCCCACCUCUUAAAAUUCUGGUUGAUCAGGGGAAAGCAGACAACUUCUUACCCUCAGGACAGCUACUGCCAGAUAACUUUGUCACCGCAUGUGCUGAGGCGAAAAUGGAGCUGGUCAUGAGAAUGCAAGAGGGGUAUGACCACAGUUAUUACUUCAUGGCGACGUUUAUGGAGGACCACUUGAGACACCACGCCAAGUUCCUGAAGUGAGAGGGAUUCUGUCUGUCCAUGGACUGAGAGGGAUUCCGUCUGUCCAUGGACUGAGAGGGAUUCCGUCUGUCCAUGGACUUAGAGGGAUUCCGUCUGUCCAGGGUUGUGUGAUUAAAUUGAUUCAGAUGAUUUAAUACUGACAAGACUUCCACAAGAGGAAAUUCAAUGAACUGCCAUUACUACCAAUGUGUUAUGAAAGACACCAUGCACUGCCCUCAGCUCUUUUUACCAAGUUUGAUAGCAACUGUUGUACAAAACAAAUUUUGUUCUUUUUUUCUUAAUGAAUUCUAGAAAACUUUACUUUUGUAUGGAGAUUCAUUGUGAAUUCCGAAUAAUUGAACUUCUUGUAAGAGUGAGAAUAUUAUAUUUGUUGAUCAUGUAUGAUUAUUACCUUGUUCUCGGUUUGAGGACUUACGAUGAUGAAUUAACAUAUAAUAUUAAAUGAUACUGUAGUUAUGAAAAUUGUUGGAUGCAAUCAGAUUUCCGAAUUGUACCUACUAAUAAAACCUAAUUGUAAACUUA